CACAGAAACAGACACGGGGAAAUAACAACUUACAUGGCUCUCUUGUUUCAUCUAUGGCAAAUCAAUUAUGACUUGUUAACGCUAGUGUACUUGUAGCCAUCCUCCGUGAAGGCGAACAACAACAAAAAACACUGUUAUUAUUUUCCUCAAACAGGAUCGCCAACAUAUCAGCUGUUUGCCACAGUUCCACAUUCCGGCGCACACGGGAAAAAUGAAGGCGAAAAACCGUGACCAAAGCUUGUCGGACUCCAGGGAGCUGGACGGAUCCUAUGACCAGCUAACGGGUAACCCUUCUACCAGCCAAAGCAAAAAAACCAUAAAGCAGCGAUUCCUCAAGCUGCUGCCAUGCUGCCAGCCCUCGGCUGCCCCCUCUAUCAGUCAAAACAGCGUGGAAGAUGACUUUGAGUUAUCCACUGUGUGUCAUCGCCCUGAAAGCAUGGACAAGCUGCAGGAGCAGACUAAGUUCACCAAGAAGGAGCUGCAAGUUCUCUACAGGGGCUUCAAAAAUGAGUGUCCAAGUGGUGUGGUGAAUGAGGAGAACUUUAAGACCAUUUACUCCCAGUUCUUUCCGCAGGGAGAUUCAAGUAUGUAUGCACAUUUCCUGUUUGAAGCCUUCGACACUAACAAGAACGGCUCUGUUAGUUUCGAGGACUUUGUAUUUGGCCUGUCUAUCAUCCUGAGAGGGACCAUAAAUGACCGGUUAAACUGGGCAUUUAACCUUUAUGACCUGAACAAAGAUGGCUGCAUCACCAAAGAGGAGAUGUUGGACAUCAUGAGGUCCAUCUAUGACAUGAUGGGGAAGUAUACAUACCCCACUAUGCAGGACGAUGCUCCAAGAGAACAUGUGGAGAGCUUCUUCCAGAAAAUGGACCGGAAUAAAGAUGGCGUCGUCACUAUAGAAGAAUUCAUCGAGUCGUGCAAAAAGGAUGAGAACAUAAUGCAGUCCAUGCAGCUGUUUGACAACGUCAUCUAAGAAUCUGGACCAGAGAGUACGCUGGCACCAGGGAGGGGAGUGAGUGUGUAAGAGGAAACAGGAUAGAAAGCAGAGUUUGUGAAUGUGUGUGUGUGUGUUUGUAUGUGUGUGGUCGUCUUCUGACUUGCAAGCUUGUGCUUGUGUGUCUGUUAAGAGCUGUGAGUCCUGAGGGCACCGAGAGGCCCUCUCCCUCUUCCUGGACCCCCAGUGACAUUUCUAUGAGCAACAAUGGAGUUUCCCCGACUCCCUUCCUCAUCAUGCAGAACCUUAGUUUUACCCCAGAGGCACAGAAAAAGAAGGCAAGCAGCGGGCUCACAGGCACUGGCACACACAAGACCCCCCACCUGUUUUAUUUAUUACUAUUACUGAUGGAGGAACUGUCGCAGCCUGUGAUGACUGAACUCAGAGGGAGGGAGUUUCUUCAAAACCUUGAUCUAAGAUCACUUUUACCCCUUUUCCCUGUGAUGGCUAAGAUUUGGAUACGUGGUUCUUAUCCUGCCUCUGUGCAUGUGGGUAACACCUCCCCUGGAGCCGCUAGACUGCUUGCGCACCGGCCAUAAAAAUAGAAAUGAAUCUACCACCAUCUUGUGGACGAGAAAGAAAGACACUCCCUGAGGAAACAUCUGCCGAAUCGGAGAUCCAAGCGAACACGUUUCACAGAUGGAGGUUCGAACGUGUUGUUUUCCACGAGGAACUGAUUACAAUAUCGCAUGAUGAUGUCACUAAUAUCCAAUUAUGUAUUUACAGAGAUACUCCAAAGUCUGCUUGUCUGUCUGCUGUUCCUAGUCAUUCACAGGUGCCUCACCCUUUGUGUACGUGUGUGUGCAUGUGUAACAGAGAGAGAUGUGAUCCAUCUUACCUAUGUAAGACUCAGUGGGCCGACACCCACCUCCAUUCAUGGGAUUCUGGUAGAAUAAUUCAGAGCCUUCCAAACUAUUACAGUCUUAGCUGUAGGUGUCUAUUGACUGUUGUACAUUGUCUAGCACUGCCAAUGAUGUGCUAUUAGGCAGUACAACGUGGGGAAUGCACUAUAUAGUUGAUGAGCGGUUUUCACCAUCCCAGCUUCUCUCAACACAGGACUCGCAUACCAUUGUUGUACUAGUCUACUAAUACGCAUUCAAAGGGACUUUAUUAGACUGCAGAUCGUAUUUGUGAACUUCUUGUAAUGGGAAAUGUCAUGUGGUUGUAGCAGGUUCUACCACACAAAUUUUUAAAUCCCGUAUUGCGUUAAAUUAGGCUCAUUCAAUUUCAAAGAGGCAUAGUGUGUGUGUGUGUGUGUGUGUGUACUGUUAGUGAGAGACAUGAUUUAAUAUUUUCUUUUUAAUGUCCGCCUCAUUCCGUAUAUUCUCCCUCUUUCUGUAACACCAAAGAGAAGAUAUAAAUUAAAGAGGUACAUAAAGACACUCUAAGUUAAGACAUGCAACCCACCUGUGGGUGAAGAGAGAGGGAGAUGCCGUGUAAAAAGUGGAAGCAAGGGGCAAUCAGAGAUUGAAAGAAAAAAGAAAAGGAUGGAAUUGGGUGAAGUGGUGAUGUGGUUUAUCUGCACUGUGUCCAGUCUGGAGUGUAGUUACAGGUUGUAAACCCAUGUCAUUAGAAAGACAUAAUUUGCAACCACUGAUUAAUUAGCUUCUUUUCAAACGACCGUAGUACUCUUAAAUCAAAGAUGGUGUAAGUAACAGAGACACUCAAGCUAUAAUUAAAUAGGCUAUAGUGUCUUUUGAGUGCAAAGAGACUGAUAUGGAAUAGCAAUAAUGUUCUCCACCGCGUAUCAGCGCCUUCCCAUUUAUCCAGCCUCUCAAUCCUCUCAGAGCACAGUAUACGGGUGCACUAAUGCCCUGAUGAAAAUAUGCACUUCCAACCCUGCAAUUUUUUCAUUUCUGCUUUUUUAAAAUGUAUUAUUUGUGGGGGGAAAAGUGGUUUGGCUCUGAUUGUUCCUUGCUGAUAGUUUUUAACUUCCAUUCCUGACCACACGUAAAACCUGUCAAUACCCGCAUGUACUGUGUCUAGAACAAUGAAAACUACUAACCCGUUGU